CGAGGACAGCGGGUGAAAUCAUUGAAGGGGUUGCUAGGAGACACCGGUGCACGUCUCUACGGAAACGGAGGCGGGGUUGAACAGCUCCGCGCGGCGGAGAAGCCUGUCCACAGCCCUGGAGUCCACUCGGGUUACUCUGGGAGUUCAGGACGGCUGGAAGUGGGGACGGAGGCUGCUCUCCCUGUGCUGGGCUGCUGGUUGGUGGGGACUUCAUACAGCCUCUCCCCUUCCCCAGCUCAGAGGCCCAGCUGGACCCUCGGCCUUUCCUCUGACUUCUUAUGCCCGCUGUGAGCUUCGCUGGAUUCAGGGUCUUGGUUGUGAGAGGAACGUCAUGUCGGUGCCCCGGCUGCGCGCGCUGCCGCUGCUGCUCCUGCUGGGUGCGUCGUGGGCGCGGGCGGGCGCCCCGCGCUGCACCUACACCUUCGUGCUGCCCCAGCAGAAGUUCACCGGCGCCGUGUGCUGGAGCGGAGCGGUUGCUGCACGACCCACUUCCGAGGCCGUGAACGCCAGCGAGGUGGCGGCGCUGCGCAUGCGCGUGGGUCGACACGAGGAGCUGCUGCGCGAGCUGCAGCGGCUGGCUGCUGCCGACGGCGCGGUAGCCGGCGAGGUGCGCGCGCUGCGCAAGGAGAGCAGCGGUCUGAGCGCGCGCCUAGGCCAGCUGCGCGCGCAGCUGCAGCAUGAGGCGGGGCCGGGGGCGGGGCCGAACCUGGGGGCGGAGCCUGCCGCCGCGCUGGCGCUGCUUGGGGAACGCGUGCUCAAUGCCUCUGCCGAGGCUCAGCAGGCCGCCGCCCGCUUCCACCAGCUGGACGUCAAGUUCCGAGAGCUGGCGCAGCUGGUCAGCCAGCAGAGCGACCUCAUCGCCCGUCUGGAGCGCUUGUGCCCGGGGGGCGCGGGCGGGCAGCAGCAGGUCCUGCCACCACCCCUGGUGCCUGUGGUUCCCAUGAGUCUGGUGGGCAACACCAAUAAUACUAGCAGGAGGCUCGACCCAGCUCCAGAGCCCCAGAAAGACCAGAUCAGGAGACAGCAGGGUCCCUUGGUCUCUCCCAUGCCUGCAGGGUCCCCUGCCAUCCCCACCAAGCCAGUGGGCCCAUGGCAGGACUGUGCAGAGGCCCAGCGGGCAGGCCACGGGCAGAGUGGCGUCUACGAGCUGCGACUCGGCCGGCUGGUGGUGUCAGCAUGGUGCGAUCAGCAGCUGGAGGGCGGAGGGUGGACGGUGAUCCAGCGGCGCCAGGACGGCUCUGUCAAUUUCUUCACCACCUGGCAGCACUACAAGGUGGGCUUUGGGCGGCCUGACGGAGAAUACUGGCUGGGCCUUGAACCCGUGUAUCAGCUGACCAGCCGUGGGGACCACGAGCUGCUGGUGCUCCUGGAGGACUGGGGGGGCCGCGGGGCACGUGCCCACUAUGAUAGCUUCUCCCUGGAACCUGAGAGCGACCAUUAUCGCCUCCGGCUUGGCCAAUACCAUGGUGACGCUGGAGAUUCUCUUUCCUGGCACAAUGACAAACCCUUCAGCACCGUGGAUAGAGACCGAGACUCCUAUUCUGGUAACUGCGCCCUGUAUCAGCGUGGGGGCUGGUGGUACCAUGCCUGUGCCCACUCCAACCUCAAUGGUGUGUGGCACCGUGGCGGCCACUACCGAAGCCGCUACCAGGAUGGAGUCUACUGGGCUGAGUUCCGUGGUGGGGCGUACUCUCUCAAGAAGGCUGCUAUGCUGAUCCGGCCUGCGAGGUCAUGACUGUCUGACCCUGUCUGCUGCGUCCCAGGGGGUGUUUCUCAGUAGAAGCCUAAAUUUUCCUGGCUUUCCCACUGUGGAUUUGGUCCCAGGAGCCCCCAGAACGGGACCCAGGAGUUCCCCCACCAAGAUUGCAGGCCCAGUCGGCUCCCCAAGGGCACUUAUGUCUCAGUUUAGCUCAUAUUUUAUAACAACACAAAGUAGCCACAGACCACGUCUGGUUUGUUUCUGCACCGGGCAGGGGUCACUCCCUGGGCCCGCCCUCCUCCUCUUCCUCCUCCUCCUCCUCCUCCUCCUCCUCCUUCAGGUCCUCCAAGAUGAGGUUGUCCAGGUCUUCCAGGAGGCCACCCUGGCUCAGGCAGGUGGCCACUGUGGAGCCACUGCUGAUGUGGGGGUUGCUGGGGUGGAGGACUUUGGGCAGAUGGUUCUGUUUGCGGCUCUUGGGAUGCGCGCAGGAUGUCCCAGGCACAUGG